AUGUCCACGUGCCGACAUCGUAAAAACGCUACGCGCCCCCCGUGUUACUAUUGCGCCGUGACCGCGUGGUCACGCGGUCCGCCGCGAAACUUGUCAGUAUCUGGUAAUGGUGAUAGUGACCCGAAAGUGCACGUGUCGCCUCGUACCCCCGAAGGUCCACCGCCCAUCGACCCGCCAGCUUCGCCGGGGACCGCCUCCACUUCUUCAGAUGAGAUAAUCUUUGUGACCUCGCGACCUCCGUCACCUGCUUUGCCGGACCCAGAGCCGCCGUCCCCCGAAACCCGGUCUCCAGCGCAAGAUCCGGAGGUGGUGUGUCUAGGACCCCCACCUUGUGUCUCACCUCCGGUCAUAACCAUAUCUGACUCGGAGUAG